AUGACAGAUUCCAAUGAUCGCCUUGCAGUGGUCGUGCAGCAGAGUCCGAUGACUGCUGAGUACCAAACCCCUAAGAACCCUUCUUGCGUGGUCUGUGCGCGAAGAAAGGUCAGGUGUGAUCGCAACGAUCCUUGUUCUGCUUGUAUCAAACGCGGAAUUGAAUGUGUUUUCCCUACUCAUAUCCCUCCGCGUCGCCGCAAGAGGCAGCGCUCGGAGGAGGACCGCCGACACAGCGGCUUCUACCAGAGUCCUAUUAGACAAGACAAUGCUGCGUCAGCUCGUAUCCGCAACAUAGACCAUCCAGCAACCACACACAAUGCUUUCCCCAGUGCUUCAAGGGCUGAGCAAGGAAUGCUGCUCACAGGCGACGGGAAAUCCGUCUAUCUGGACAGGUUGAGCUACCUUGGAAUGAACAACGAUACACAAAUGGCUAACGGCGUCAGAGGCGAGCUUCCUCGGGCGGAGGAUGUGUUACGGGACAUGUCCGACAACGGUUCAAAUCAUUCUGUCCAGGAAGUGGAUGACGAAACCUCCUUAAUCUUAGGAGGAGCAGUGAAGAAAAGCCUGAGUGAACUUCAUCCCUCCCCGCUACACAUCUUCAAACUUUGGCAAACUUUCCUUGAGAAUGUCAAUCCCUUAAUCAAGAUACUGCACGGUCCAACCGUCCAGCAACAGCUUUUAGAAGCCACCGGCAGCUUAGAGACAGUCUCGAAGGAGUUUGAGGCAUUGAUGUUCUCUAUAUAUUGUAUUGCAUUGGUUUCUCUGAAGGCAGAUGAUGUACAAAAUACUUACGGAGAGAGCAAAGCUGUUUUACUCUCAAGAUCCCGGCGUGGAGCUCGUCUAGCUUUUACCAAGGCUGGCAUUCUACGUACGUCAAAACCCGUAGUUCUCCAGGCAUAUGUUUUGUACUUGCUAUCCCUGCGUGCGUCCUCUGACUCGCAGUCUAUUUGGUCCUUAUGUGGCGUUGCAAUGCGAAUGGCUCAGCGGAUUGGACUCCAUCGAGACGGAUCCGAGCUUGGAUUAACAAUUUUCGAAACUGAAAUGCGCCGCCGUCUUUGGCGACAGCUAUCAAUAUUAGAUGUCACUACGGCACAAAGUUCCGGUAUCACUUCGCAGUUCCCGUAUUUUUCUGUUGACGUGCUACCCCCAUCAAACAUAAAUGACAGUGAGCUUGAUCCACGCAUGACGGAUCCGCCUCGCGAACACCAUGGCGCGACCGAAAUGAUGUUUGUCCUUGCACGGAACGAAUAUGGUGAAUGGAUGAGGCGCUGGUCCAAGGCCGGUGGAGAGUCCCAUGGAGGCCGAGGCUUCUUGGCCUCUUCCUUGCUGUCUCCUGAAGCCAAAGAUGAAGCAAUAAAUGAGUUGAACCGCGCGUUUGAAACGAAAUUCCUGCAAUAUUGUGACAAAUCCAUUCCACUGCACUACAUGUCGGCUAGACUUAUGCAGACUGUUGUAUGCCAAAUGAGAUUCUCCGCACACCAUCCCCGCCAGUAUGUCGAGAAAGACCCUGUAUCACUAGCAGAGAGGGAUUUCGUCUUUUCCACAUGCGUGCAAAUCCUGGAAGGAUUCGAGGAUUGUCAGAGCAACGAGAUCAUAGAGCGAUAUCUGUGGCACGUGGACAAUCACAUUCCGUGGGAUGCGUUGAUUUAUACACUAUAUGAGCUCCGGACUCGCAGCGAUGAAGAAGAAACUAAGAGAUCGUGGGUCCUCAUUGACAGGAUAUACAGUCGGCAUUAUGACCAGAUGAGAAACAGGCCCAAAACCCCUCUUCACAUUGCAGUGCAGGGGCUGAUUUUGAAGGCCUGGAAGUCCCAUUCCGAGGAGCGUACUCGACGCAAUCGCUCUAUGUUGCCCCGUCCUCAUAUCGUUUCGGUGUUGUCUGAAAGAUCGGAGAGAGGCACUUCAUCACAUCAGCCGAGGUCUGAACCCAGUGUGUCAGAAUCAGGGACCCCACGAGGACGCACUACACAGGAUAUCACACCCGGUAACGUUGGGAUGCUGGAUCCCCUUAAUAAUCUUGACCUCAGCCCCUUAGAUUGGAGCCAGUGGGAUGAUCUUCUGGAGAAUUUCCAGCUAGAGUUCACAAACAACGAAUUAUUCUCGACGGAUGCUCUCUGA